CGGAAGAUGUCUCAUCUCAUUAGCCCCAUCUUAUCUGGUCAACCGCUUCUCAGGCCCGACCCACGGACUCAGCACUGGCCGCUGUGCGGGAACUUCACUUUCAUAACAGCCAUUCUUGUCAGCUACAUUUACGUCAUCAAAAUCGCCGGACCCCGGUACAUGAAAGACCGCAAGCCGUACGACCACCUCAAGCCGCUCAUCCUUGUAUACAACGGGUCAAUGGUGCUGCUGAACACUUACUUUGUGUACCAGUUCGCAAGCAGGUCUUACAUCGGCGGAACUUUCAACUGGAUAUGCCAGGGCAUCUCUUACAGCGAGGAUCGCAACAGCCUCGAGAUCGUGAACCUCGUUUGGUGGUAUGUUAUGGUACGAAUUGCGGAUCUCUUGGACACGAUAUUUUUUGUGUUGCGCAAGAAGGAUAGCCACGUCUCCUUCCUUCACGUUGUACAUCAUGUCCUGGUGGUGUUGAGCGGGUGGUUCGGCGUCUCUUACGGUGCAGACGGCCAGUCUUUGCUGCUUGUCAUUGUCAAUAGCUUCGUGCACGUCGUCAUGUAUUUUUAUUACACUUUGUCGCUAAUGGGACCCAAUAUGCAAAAGUUCUUAGGGUGGAAGCGCUAUUUGACCGGUUUUCAGAUCGCGCAGUUUGUGGCGAUGUUUGUUCACACUGUGGUGCCCGUUUUCGUAGACUGCGGGUAUCCUCUGUCGCAUAUAUUAUUCACCUUACCGCAAGUGGCCUUCUUUUUCGUCUUGUUCGUCAAGUUUUACGCUCGCGCUUAUCGGAAAACGAGAGCCGACUUGAAAACUGGUGAAGGUGCUCUGCGGAGGAGAAGUGAGAAACAACUGGGUUGUGUCGGAGUUAAAGAGGCGUAGACUGUUCGCCGCGUUUCGCGAGGACGCGAGUGAGACGACGAACUAUUACGUGGCUUCGGUCCUCACGUGACGUUACGAACAGUAAGGGGAAUCGGCCACCGAGAAUAAACAGGGUCUGAUCGGUAUUCGACGUGACGCAUUCAAAUCAUGCCAUGCUUUCAGCGCGCUCCCAUCAAUAUACGCUAUGCAAUUUGGCCAGCUGUCUGCGCAGCUCUCUUAUUUCCGUCUUGCCCCUAUUGCCCGUGGAGCCACCUCAUUGGUCCCUCUCCCGAAUAAAGGGGCAACAUUCCAAGGUGAGGACGUGGACUUGUGGACUCAUGCCGGUAUAUGAUACCACGUGAUUGUGAUUCGACAGACACUUCGUCACAUGGUUUCUCCAAACGCUGCACAGGGACAUAACUUCACAGCAUGACACGCUCAGAACAAGCCGUUAAACAAGAUAUUGUUGUCGUUCCUGAUUCGUUGAAAGAGGAAGCGUAUGCUUUUUCUUGUGUUAGUGUUAGGGUCGAUUCACACGAUGCAACUUUUUGCUGCAACUCUGUUUCCGCUAUAGUUGCACGCAACCGAAGUUGCCCCAAAAAGGUCCCUUUCAUACGGCGAGCAACUCGGAAUGCCGUA